GAGCGGCUGUGGAACCACAGAACCCACUGCUCCUUAACGCCCCAACACCUGGCACUCCGCCACACCACAACCUUCGCUCCAUUGGUCUUAUUACACGAAACCUCAGGCUCCAUCUUUCUUUUUAAUGACUAUUUUACCCUCAUCACCUUUUUAUUUUGUUGAGCCUCAGGCUGGUCAAUUCGUAAUACGAGGUAGAUAACACGUAAAUAUUCAAUUUCUUAAGUUGCUUCUCUGCGCUCCCACGAAAUUCCGACACAGUGAAAGGAGGAGAAUAGAAAAUAUUAAGAAUAAGAUAAAGAUAAUUCUAAUUUUAAUUCAAGUAACAUAGAACUCAGAAGGCGAGAAAAAUGAAGAACUGCGAGCUAUGCAAGUUUCCCGCGAGGAUCUACUGUGAAUCGGAUCGGGCUUGCAUCUGCUGGGAUUGCGAUACAAAAGUUCACGGAGCCAACUUUCUCGUCUCUCGACACGCGCGCAACCUUCUCUGCCAGACCUGUGAAUCUAUCACUCCAUGGAAAGCUACCGGUGCUAGACUCGACCGCACUGUUUCCAUCUGCGAUCUAUGUGCAAAUGGAGCUAAUCUUAAAAAGGAAAAACCUGAGGAGCCUAGUGAUGAUGUAAGCACUGAGGACGGUGAUGAUCUUUCCACCGGCGACAGAUUGGAGGACGAGAGGGCUGCUGAUAAUCAGGUGGUUCCAAGGUCAUCUGCCUCGCCGCCACCGGCUAUCAGUUCUUCCUCUUCUUCUUCUUCGAGUAGCCAAGAGACUGUGAGUGGAUUCACUCGCAGAGUCUUUUGUGAAUCUGUGAAUGUGAAAUCUUUGAAACGGUCGCGCGAGGGUUUAAUAGAUCUUCGGUCUAUGUUUCAGGUCGACGCCGACCGCUCAGCUUCUCCACGGUGUUACGGUGUACCAGCGUUGACAACUCAGGUGAGAGGCGGAGGCGGUGACGGAGAAACCGUUUCUGUUGACUGCUCCCUGUCCUGGAGGCCUCUAAAAGACCGGAGAACUGAAACGGAGUGCUCCUUUAAGGCCGGUUCGAGAUCUGUGGCGGUUAUCGUUUCCCUUGAGAGAUUGCAUCAACACAGUAACGAGGAACCGAACAAAUCUGAAACCGUCGAUGCUGAUUCAUCGGGGAACGCUAGCCGACCGAUUUGAGGUGUUUGGCUUGGCCUAACAGCGAUUCCUUGGGUUUUGUUUGUUUUAUUAUUAUUAUUAUUAUUUCUAAUAUGUAUUCCCCAGCAGAGUUUUCUUUUUGACCCUUAUUUACUUUUUGUUUAAAAUUGUUAAUUAAUGAGUUAUACCAAUUCUAAUUUCGCUUGCA